UCUAGUGAUAGACGUAAACGUUUAGAUUGAAAACUAAGAAAAAUAUUUUUGGUAUUAUUAUGAAAAAUUUAUAGUGUAUAAAGGUACAAAAUAAAAUAAUAAAAAUGUCCUGUUGUUACGACGAAGUAUGUGGAGACUUUGAAGUAACUCCUGUCCUUGUGGCGUCAUGUGAGACUAAAUGCGAUACUCCUGUUAUUUGUUACCCAUGCUUGCCACGUUGUCCAAAGGCACAAAUAGUUUACUGCUGCGAUAAAAAACCAAAAUCGCCAGAAAGACUCAGAAAUAAUAGCCAUCCGGGAAAAAGUAGAAGUAAAACGGAAACAAUAGAAUGUCGAAGGUCAUGCUCGCCACCUUGUUGCACAUCCUGUAAACAGCCCAGCUGUGAACCUGUCAAAACGAAAUACGUGAUCCCGUGCUAUAGAUAUGAAGAUGGUAGAAUUGUGAAUCAACCUACGGUUCUUAUGCGGCGCGCCUGCGAGGUCGCUGUAGGUAACCGACCAAGAAGGAAACCAUUUGUCGAGACAAGUUACAGCGCAGAUUCAGAAAAAGAAAUAAGACGCUACGCUUCAGAAGAUGACUGGGGUAAUUGUUGUUAUCAUUUUGAGAAAAAUACGUGUGAUCCUGUUCCUACUUGUCACCCAAGCAUCUCUUGUCCUGGCAACUGCGUUCCAGCGAAGUGUAUUCCUGAGAAAAAUUGUUACUACUAUUGCUGUUAACUUGUUGUUCUAUAAUUUUUUUAAAGAUACGAUAUUAAACUUAACAACUGGCGGCUAUAUUAAAUUAUAUUACCAGAUGUA